CCACCGUAUGUUUGUAGGAAACUGAACAGAUUAGCUUGCUGUGUGUUGUGCCGACUGUAGUAUUAGUUUCUAUUUAAACGCCUCCGCCCCGUAGGUAUUUGUGGCACAGAAAAUAAUUUGUUUCCACUUGCUGGAGUUGGAGAUAACAGCAGAACACCAUUUAGUAAAACAAAGCCAUACAUUUGUGAAGAGAGAUAACGUUACACCUCGUUGACGGUAGGACCGUUAGGCUGAGCUAAUUAGCUAGCAUUAGUUUUCGUCUUCGGCGCCUCGCAGGAUGUCGUACAGGAAAACUUUAAAACUUAUUUGUGGGUUCGCCGGAGGCUCUGCCGUGUUGGUGUUCGCGGCUGCCGCUGCCGACUCCCACGGAUACUUCGGAGAGCAGCGCGGAGACGCGGCCAGUCGGUGGUCGAGAUUUACCGUUCUUCGAGCUGCGCAGCCGGCGUGGACACCUGCCAACCACACACCAGCCCCGACUGGACAUGCCUGGGACUUCAACUGGGACAAGAGAGACCCAUCUGUACUGUCCAAUGGGAAGAAAAAAGAGAGUGAGGACCCCAGCUCCGAGCAGGACAACGGCAAACCCAAAGCUACACGCAACAUACUACUCAUCAGACACUCCCAGUACAACCUGAGCGGGAACAGCGACAAGGAGAGGAUCCUCACUCCAUUAGGUCGUGAGCAGGCUGAGUUGACGGGCAAGAGGCUGGCAGCACUGGGACUGAAGUAUGAUGUCCUGAUUCACUCCAGCAUGGCCAGGGCCACAGAGACAGCACAUAUCAUCAGCAAACACCUUCCAGGUCCAGGAGUGGAGCUGGUGAGCUGCGAUUUGCUGAGAGAGGGUGCACCUAUCGAGCCGGUUCCACCCGUCACUCACUGGAAGCCCGAUGCUGUGCAGUACCAUGAAGAUGGAGCUCGCAUUGAGGCAGCCUUCCGCCGCUACAUCCACCGGGCUGACCCCAAGCAGAAGGAGGACAGCUAUGAGAUCAUCGUGUGUCAUGCCAAUGUCAUCCGUUAUUUUGUCUGCAGGGCCCUGCAGUUUCCUCCAGAGGGCUGGUUACGUAUGGGCUUGAACAACGGCAGCAUCACGUGGCUCACCAUCCGACCUAGCGGCAGGGUGGCCCUCAGAACUCUGGGAGACGCAGGAUUCAUGCCCCCAGACAAAAUGACACGGACCUGAUGCCCCCCCCCUCCACACACACACAGACACACACACACACAACCAGUUUCUGGGACUCGGUUGGCCGCAGGGUUGCAAAACUCAGUUUUCUCCUUAAGUGUCUUGACAGUUAUUUUUGAUGUUAUUAUUUUGUAACUGAACUACCAUCAUGUAAUGAGAGACUGUGGUGAUGGUGUUGUGAUUACUUCCGUGCCAUAGAACGCCAGCAGAAGUGAUUAACAGCUGCAUAGCUACUCCUCCUGAAUGUAACUGAGGAUUUUUACACAAGUGACUCAUUUUUAAACCAAAAAAAAAAGUUGUAUUUGUAUAGCUGAUGGUAAUGCAAAUCAUACUGUUAGCUUUAUAUGUCAUUACAGUGUACUGAAGUGAGGAUUAUGUGUUGUAUAGUGCAGCUGUAGUAAAUAAAUUACAAUUAUGAAUGCA